AUGGUCAAGAAUCUUACUUGGGAAGCGAUCCAAUCCAUGCCAUUGUCCGUGCUCAGCCCGGCGGUGUUGACCACCAACGGUUCCAAUUUAAUCUUCACCUCUGGUGCGAUCGGCGCCGAUCCCGCGACCGACAAGAUUCCCGAGGAUAUCACCUCCCAGGCCGAGCUUGCCUUCCAAAAUCUCUUGAAGGUGCUCGAAGUUUCCGGCUCCUCUGCCAGCAAGAUCCUCAAGGUCUUGUUGUUUGUCGGCCACCCAUCCUACGGUCCGGCCGUGAACAAGGUCUACACCAAGUACUUCCCAGGCGCCCCGGCCAGAUCUUGUAUUGUUGUUGCUUUCCCAAAUCCCUCCAUCAAGGUGGAGAUCGAGUGUAUUGCAGAGUACGAGCCAAAGAGCAUCAAGGCCAAGUUUUAG